AUGUUCCUCCUCUUUCUUACACAACCACGCUCAAAACCUUCAAUCCUAUCAUUACCAACCAAACAAAACACUUUACCAAACCCCCAACUCCAAACUCCAAAACUAUCAACAUGGGUGGAUGCUCUUGCGCUUCUUGCUGCUCCGGAUCUUGCGCCGGUACCGGUUGUAGCUGCGGAUCUUGCAGUCACUAAAUCACCACUCUUUAUCUCCACCUUCCGCCUUCAAUCGAUACCCGUCCAUAAGCAUCGAACAUCUACCAUCUAG